AUGUCUGGUAGUGAAGAUGACAAAACUCCUACUGGGAGAAAGAAAUCGACAAAGUCUUCUGUUUUAAGUGAUGAACAAAAGAAGGCGCAUCAUAUAGCUUCUGAACAAAAGAGAAGAGAGAAUAUUCGAUCAGAGUUUGAUAAGAUUGUAUCAUUAACUCCCACUUUGAAUGAUCUGGAAAAUAGAUCUGAAUUAAAUAUAUUAACCAAGAGUGCUGAUUUCAUAGAUCAAUUGAAGGAUGAAAAUGCUAAAUUAGUUGAAUUGGCUCAAAAGAAAGGUAUCCCCAUUCCUCCUGAUUUAAUUUACUCGGGUCCAAAGAGUGAUGGAGCUGAUAUAGCCCAAUGA